AUGUCCAGCGAAGUGCAAAGACCGGACGACAGCCCCAGCACCAGCGGCGGCAGCUCGGACAUAGAGCAGCGAGAGUCGUCUGUACCGACCGAGCAGGAGCGCGAGCAAGCGCAGCCCAAAAAGAAGGAGACCAAAAUCUCCAGUAAAACCGCUGCUAAACUCUCCACGAGUGCCAAGAGGAUUCAGAAGGAGCUGGCUGAAAUUACAUUAGACCCACCUCCUAACUGCAGUGCGGGCCCCAAAGGAGACAACAUCUAUGAGUGGAGGUCCACCAUCUUGGGACCGCCGGGCUCAGUGUACGAGGGGGGCGUCUUCUUCCUGGACAUCGCCUUCACGCCAGACUACCCCUUUAAACCGCCUAAGGUGACUUUCCGUACUCGGAUCUACCACUGCAACAUCAACAGCCAGGGCGUGAUCUGUCUGGACAUCCUGAAGGACAACUGGAGCCCCGCCCUCACCAUCUCCAAGGUCUUGUUGUCCAUCUGCUCCCUGCUCACAGACUGCAACCCAGCCGACCCCCUGGUAGGAAGCAUCGCCACACAGUACCUGACCAACAGAACCGAGCAUGACAGGAUAGCCAAGCAGUGGACCAAGAGAUAUGCCACAUAA